AUGUCACUACUUAAACGUAGAAAACUAGCCAAAACGAUACACUCCAACGCCCUAUUCUCCAAAGGACAAUGCGAGACUGGACAGUACCGUUUCCUGGCGAAAUCGGGUGGUUACUCUUGGGUCCAAACUCAAGCCACCGUGAUCACCGACAAGCAGCAGAAACCUAUCAGCGUCGUCUGUGUCAACUACAUCAUAAGCGGUAUCGAGUGCAAAGAUGAGGUGUUUGCCGCACACCAAGUGCAGCACGCCGAUUUGAAACCAAAGCUGCCAGCUGUCGCGUCGCCGGGCGUCUCCUUCCGUGCACCCGUCGAACCGCUCGCUAACGGCGCUAUAGUCGCCAUCGUUCCGCCGGAGGAAGAACGACCUAUACCGGUCACGGAACUCAUAUUCGCACCGAGAAAGAAAGAAAUGAAUAAAGGCUUUCUCAUGUUCUCCCAAGACGAGGGACUUACAAUGCUUAAAGACGAGCCGGAAGAUCUGACACAUUUGGCGCCCACCGCCGGUGACGCUUGUAUUCCACUGGAGAACAGUCCUUUUGAUAUGUUCGAUGAGUUUAUAUUGAGCGAUAACUAUUGUAGUUUGCUCGGCGAUGAUUUAGCUAACGGAUCGCCGGUAGAUCCUCUAGCUCCCGAUCCCUCAUUACUAUCAUCGCCUGAAUCACAGGAAAAUGAUUCGUCUUGCGAACAAUCCUCAUUACUGACAGAGCUGUCGCUGGAUGCUUUCGAUAAUACAAGGUCGGACGAGAUUGACGACAGCAAUUCGCCAUUUAUACCUAUAAGCGAUGAGCUUCCCGUGCUGGAGCCGGCUGUCAUGUGGGGAGCCCUGCCUGACAGUGUUAGCCAGGCCAGACCGCAACCUUCCGAGACGCACACAUCACCGGCACCGGCAUUACAACGCUUACUCACGGGUCCGCCCCCUCAGGAUCUCAUUACCAGCAUAUACUCAGACCAAGGUCUAAUGCCAAGCAGAAGCAUAUCAACUUGGGAUACGGGAGUGAAACGUGUGAUGAAAGAGGAAGAAGAGCCUAGUGCCAAACGCGUGAAGCGUAGUCCCUCCCCAGUUGCACCAAAACCGAAAUCGCAAUCGUCGAGUGUCCUCAUGAACCUCCUGGACAUCCCUCAACAGUCCGCGCUACAUAAGCCGCCCAUGAAAGCAAAUUAUCAAAUCUUACAAAACACACAAAUAUUAGGGCUCCAGAAUGUACUACAUAGAAACAUGCAAGUGCCUAUCAUAAACAUAACGCAGGCCGCUCCUAACAAACAUGUGAUGCGCGCCAGUACUCCCAUCAAUCAAAUGCGAACAAACAUGACAACCGGCCCUAUGUCCCCGCUCAGUCUCAACAUAGGCAGCCCGAUGUACUCCCUGCCUUCCAGCCCUAACAGCUAUUCCAGUCCCGCCAUGAGCCCAGCGCAGAGAGAACGCGUUAUGAGUCCUUACUCCACACCACAAUCCUUAUCCCCAGUAGGUAAGUUCCAUCAGAUGUACAGCCCAGGGCAGAGGAUGGUGUCUCCAACCGGCGUCAUACAGGGAUCAGACCCGUAUCUGACGACGAAAAUGCAGCCAAGCCCAGGUUUCCCGAUGCAGGUGAACGAUAUGCUACUGGACACGAACGUGCAACUCACAACAUCGGAUUUCUGGGCCGACCCGGAGUUUCUUCAGGGGACCAGCGACCUGUUAACUGCUUUCGAUGACGUCAAACUUGGGUAGACGCGUGCCGUUUUUAAUGUAUGUUGAACGUAUGAAUGUGGAGUGAUUUCGAGCUAGGAACACUGGUGAGAGGAUUCAUUUCUCCCCUUUUGAAUCAUUUUCUAUGUUUCGAAGGGUAAUGAAGCGUAUGAAAAAUAAAGAACUGAAUUAUGAAUGUAUGUACGAGAUUGAACUCCCACAAACAUUCUGACGGAUGGAGUAAUUUUAUGAAUCGAAAUCACUCGAAUGAAUACAGGGCCGGAAAUUGUAAGGAGCGGUAGUUAAGGCUUUCCAACCAAGAAGGAUUCCAGAAGGGUCUCUGUAUUUUUUUACCAAAGUCUACUAUGAAGAAGAUCAUAGAUUUAAUACGAUUUAAUAAAGUCAGUCAUUGACUUGUGUAUUUGGAGUCCUUCCUAAUGCAAUAUCUUACAAGCCUUUCUCCGUCCGAUAUGUGGCCCGGUACGAUCCCAUAUCAACAAUUGAUUUUAAUUGUUGACAUGUAAUUUUUAACUUUUUUACAAUUUAUAAAGAUCGAUUAUAACAAAAUCAGGGCAGAUGAUAAAGCUUAUUUGUUUUUAAUGAUUUGAACAAUUAAUAUUGAAAUUAUAUAGAAUGUUUAAAAUUAUAGAUUUAUUAUUAAUUUUUUUAUUAUUCGAUAAUCGU